GAAGGAGCCCUGAAGAGCUGGCCCCCUCUCCACGGGGAGCCCUUGGCGAUCAGCGGCCGAAGUCUGGGUUUCUGAGAAAGCCAUCGUGGGAACCCUAACUGCACUCUUCUGGACCCCCAGGAAAGAGCUGAGGCCUGCGCCCUCCUCCUUUCCACCCUGCCUGCCCCCCAGGACUAGGCAGUUGCCAGAGGCCCUGGGGGGGGGCCCAGGACUGUUGUGUCCCCCCCCACCCCACCCCACACCCUGACAGGAUGGGCCCAAGUUAGUCCACCCGGCCUCACCCAGCAUCCUUCAGGCAUAGGGAACCCCCUGGGCUCGGAAAGCUUGACCUACUGCCUGUCUGUCAUGGAGACGAAGCUGCCCCCUGCAAGCACCCCCACCAGCCCCUCCUCUCCAGGGCUGUCACCUGUACCCCCACCUGACAAGGUGGACGGCUUUUCCCGCCGUUCCCUCCGCAGGGCCCGGCCCCGGCGCUCCCACAGCUCCUCUCAGUUCCGCUAUCAGAGCAACCAGCAAGAGCUCACACCACUGCCCCUGCUCAAAGAUGUGCCGGCCUCCGAACUGCAUGAGCUGCUAAGCAGGAAGCUGGCCCAGUGCGGGGUGAUGUUUGACUUCUUGGACUGUGUAGCGGACCUCAAGGGGAAGGAAGUGAAGCGAGCAGCACUUAACGAGCUGGUGGAAUGUGUGGGGAGCACUAGGGGCGUCCUCAUCGAGCCCGUCUACCCAGACAUCAUCCGCAUGAUCUCAGUGAAUAUCUUCCGGACCCUGCCACCCAGUGAAAACCCUGAAUUUGACCCUGAAGAGGAUGAACCCAACCUUGAACCAUCAUGGCCACAUCUGCAGCUGGUAUAUGAGUUUUUCCUGCGUUUUUUGGAGAGCCCAGACUUCCAGCCCUCCGUGGCCAAGAGAUACGUGGAUCAAAAGUUUGUCCUGAUGCUCCUGGAACUAUUUGAUAGUGAAGACCCCCGGGAGCGUGAGUACCUCAAGACCAUCCUUCACCGGGUCUAUGGCAAGUUCCUGGGUCUCCGGGCCUACAUCCGCAAACAGUGCAACCAUAUCUUCCUCCGGUUCAUCUAUGAACUUGAACACUUCAAUGGUGUGGCUGAGCUGCUAGAGAUCUUAGGAAGCAUCAUCAAUGGAUUUGCACUGCCCCUAAAGACUGAGCACAAGCAGUUCCUGGUUCGUGUCCUGAUUCCCUUGCACUCUGUCAAGUCGCUGUCUGUCUUUCAUGCCCAGCUGGCAUACUGUGUGGUGCAAUUCCUGGAGAAGGAUGCCACCUUGACAGAACAUGUGAUCCGGGGGCUGCUCAAAUAUUGGCCAAAAACCUGCACCCAGAAGGAGGUGAUGUUUCUGGGGGAGAUGGAAGAGAUUCUUGAUGUCAUUGAGCCCUCGCAGUUCGUGAAGAUCCAGGAGCCACUUUUCAAGCAGGUGGCUCGCUGUGUUUCCAGCCCCCAUUUCCAGGUUGCAGAGCGGGCUCUGUAUUUCUGGAACAAUGAGUAUAUCCUGAGCCUCAUUGAGGACAACUGCCACACUGUGCUGCCUGCUGUGUUUGGGACCCUCUAUCAAGUUUCCAAGGAGCACUGGAAUCAAACCAUCGUGUCUCUGAUCUACAAUGUGCUCAAGACCUUCAUGGAGAUGAAUGGAAAACUGUUUGAUGAGCUCACAGCCUCCUACAAGCUGGAAAAGCAGCAGGAGCAGCAGAAGGCCCGAGAGCGUCAGGAGCUAUGGCAAGGCCUGGAGGAGCUGCGGCUACGCCGGCUACAGGGAACCCAGGGGGCCAGAGAGGCACCUCCCCUUCAGCGGCUUACCCCCCAAGUGGCCGCCAUGGGGGGUCAGAGCUAGAGAGCCUCCCAGAAAGGGAGAAUCUACACCCAGAGCUACCAGUCCCUCUAUUCCUUCUCCUGCCUGGGGGCCCCGUGGGCUCUGAGGACUCCCUGUCCAGUCCAGAGUGGGCAGCUUUCACUGGGGAGACGAGGAGAGGAGAUGGUGGUCUUGGCAACAGAACUCUCAGGCCUUGGUGGCAGGACUUGAUCAGGGCAAGCUUGACCAGAAAGCUGCCGUCAGGGAUUUUCUGCUGCCCCAUGACGUCGGCUCCCAGCUGCAGGCAGGCACCCACCCUGCUCCCGGCCUAGGGCAGGGGCACUCAGCCCCUCAUCUGCCCCUGCCUCGGGGUGGUGCGAGGUCCGUCCUCCUCCCCACUGUGGGGUCUGUGGUCUAUUUAUUCUUGCCCAGCUCACCCUCAACACAGACACUGUCCUGGGCCGGGGGCAUCCUCCUUCCCUCCCUUCCCUUGCCCUGUACUUCCUUAUUCUCUUUUUAUUUAU